ACACACAAUAAAUAAAUGCAAGAAGUAUGGAAAGCUAGCUAGACUAAUCCUCAUCUUACAAACCCCGACUUCUCUGACAUACAUAAGGUGCAUGUGAGACUAGGCCUAGUGUUGUUCAUUUCCAUUCAUUGAGCUCCAUAAGUUUCUCAAAGAACUUGAUAUAUAGAAAAAAGGGAAGGAAUUGAAUUCUGUAACAAACAUGGAGGAGGAGCAUAUGAGAGAGCCAUUGUUGGAGAAGAAGCAAUACUAUGAAGAUUGUCCUGGUUGCAAGGUUGAACAAGAAAAUGAGCUUAAUGAAGGAGUAUCCAUAAUAAAGCUUUUGAUUAUAUGGAUGGUGGUUUUAUCAGCAACUCUUCCUACAUCAUCUCUCUUUCCCUUCCUUUAUUUCAUGGUAAGGGACUUCAAUGUUGCAAAAGAAGAAGCUGAUAUUAGUUACUAUGCUGGUUAUAUUGGAUCUUCAUACAUGCUUGGAAGAUGUUUCACAGCUGUAUUAUGGGGAAUGGUUUCAGAUCGCUAUGGUCGAAAACCUGUAUUAAUAAUGGGGAUUAUCGCAGUUGUCAUUUUCAACACAUUAUUCGGCCUUAGUACGGGUUUUUGGAUGGCUAUUGCCACCAGAUUUCUUCUCGGAGGUUUAAAUGGCGUGCUUGGACCAGUUAAGGCCUAUGCUACUGAACUUUUUCGAGAAGAGCACCAAGCUAUAGGACUUUCUACUGUUAGUGCAGCUUGGGGCAUAGGUUUAAUUGUUGGCCCAGCAAUAGGAGGCUAUUUGGCUCAGCCAGUUGACAAAUACCCACAAAUAUUUCCAAAAGACUCCUUUUGGGAUAAGUUCCCAUACUUCUUGCCCUGCUUUACAAUAUCAGCACUUGCACUUACAGUAGCAAUCGUCUGCAUCUGGAUUCCGGAAACACUUCACAAUCACAAUGGUAACGAAGAGUCCAAAGGUAAUGCCGAAGCUUUAGAAAAUGGAAGCAGCAAAGAAAAGACAGUUCAAAAGAAUGAAAACCUCUUUUUGAAUUGGCCUUUAAUGUCAUCUAUCAUUGCUUAUUGUGUCGUCUCACUUCACGAUAUUGCUUACCAAGAGGUUUUCUCAUUAUGGGCUGUUAGUCCUCUGAGGCUAGGGGGUUUGAAGUUUACAACUGAUGAUGUUGGUGAUGUUCUUUCAAUUUCAGGAGUUGCACUUUGCAUCUACCAACUUUUCAUAUACCCAUAUGUGGAAAAAGCUUGUGGACCUAUUGUCUUGGCCCGUAUCACAGGGAUUAUUUCCAUACCACUUUUGCAAAGUUACCCCUUCAUAGCAAUGUUAUCAGGAAUAACCUUAUACAUUGUGAUUAGUAUUGCUUCCAUCCUGAAAAAUAUUAUUGCAGUGACGAUUACAACCGGAUUAUUCCUUGUACAAAACCGAGUAGUGGAACAACACCAAAGAGGAGCAGCUAAUGGAAUUUCUAUGACAGCUAUGUCUCUAUUCAAAGCUAUUGGACCUGCUGCAGGUGGUACAAUAUUAACUUGGUCACAAAAGCGUAUGGAUGCUUCUUUCCUACCAGGAACUCAAAUGGUGUUUUUCUUCCUUAAUUUAGUUGAAGGACUUGGAAUACUUUUGAUGUGUAAACCAUUCCUUGGUGAAAAGAAGAAAACAAACUCACACGAGUUACAUUGAUAUUAGCUAGAUCACUUUCCGUGCGUAUGCAUGGGACAACAUUUUUUAAUAAUAUAAUGAUGAUAUCUGAAAACAUA